AUGGCUAGUCUUGGUUUCAUUCGAAUUCUCUCUGUGUUAGUAAGCCUUUUGAACCCAGUUAGCUACCCUCUUUCCGGUCAUGGUCCGUCCAAUUAUAGGCCGGACGACAAGCAUGAGCUAGAACAGAAGGCGGCGGCGUUAUUUGUGUUUGGUGACUCACUUUUUGAUAUUGGCAACAACCAAUUCCUUAAUACUAGCGCUCGUGAAUUAUCCGCAACAUUCUGGCCAUAUGGAGAAACCUUCUUCCAUCGUCCCACCGGGAGAUUUUCCGACGAUCGUAUAGUCCCUGAUUUCAUACGACACUUCGCAAAGGUGCCUAUUAUUCCGCCCUACCUUCAACCUGGUCCCCAUAAUUUUACUGACGGAACCAACUUUGCUUCAGCCGACGCCGGCAUUCUUCCUGAAACGAAUCCAGGAACAAUAAGUCUUCUAUUGCAGCUGACCUAUUUUAAGGCCGUGAAGAAGGUGCUGCAACGGCAACUUGGAGAUGAAGAAACCAAGAGCUUGCUUGAGAGAGCUGUUUACUUUAUCAGCAUUGGUAGCAAUGACUAUGGUAGCUUCUACGCCAAUUUCCCCAACGCCAAUGAGACCAUCCGGCAAGAAUUUGCAGCUAGUGUGAUCAGCAAGUUAACCGUUGUGCUCCAAGAAAUAUAUGAUUUAGGAGGAAGGAAUGUUGCAUUUCAAAAUGCGGGACCUAUUGGUUGUCUACCGUCGACUAAGCAGGCCUACAACACUGAACUUAUUGAUGGGUGUGUUGAACAAAUCGAGGGUUUAAUAAGGCUACACAAUACAGCUCUAGCUAAUGCCCUCAAACAGUUGGAGAGCCAGAAGCCAGGUUUCAAGUACUCCGUUUUUGAGUAUUAUGAUGUGAUUGUGGAUCGAAUGCAUAACCCUGCAAAAUAUGGUUUUACGGACGGCUCGGAUGCGUGUUGUGGUGUCGGAGCAUAUUUGGGAUCUGGUUGCGGUAAUGAAACAAAAGGGUACGAGUUAUGUAGUGACCCUGAGGACUAUGUGUGGUUCGAUGGUAGCCAUACCACUGAAAAAGUAAAUCUGCAAUUAGCAGAACUAAUAUGGAGUGGAACACCAAAUGUAACCGGACCUUACAAUGUUAAACAACUUUUUGGACGAGUUUGAACGGUGCGUGUGUACUAUACUAGCAGAUGCAGAUGCAUCAUGCAUGCAUCUCCACCAACGAAAAAAAUAAUACUUGCAGAUGCAUCAUGCAUGCAUCAUAUUUGGAUAUUCAUUCUUUUGAAAGGUGUAUCAUAUAUUGUUGUAAUAAAUCGUACUGUAGAUAUUAUAUAUAACUCAUGCUUUUUAUUGUAAUAAAUCGUGCAUUUUAUUGUAAU